AUGUCAUCCCUAGUGAAAUACCCCAAUUCAGCUCGAGUCAGAUGUGACUUAAGCGAGUCCUUAUAUUACACUCCAUUCUUUAGCAUAUACAAAAGUGACAGUGAAGAGUUUACCCUAUUUGGAAUUUUCGUCGUUGGAAGUUUUGUCAUGUUUGCGGUAUACCUGAUUGUGCUAAUUUUGUAUAAGUUUACUCCACUUGGAUUGAAAUUCGACUCGGAAAAACGAAGAAAGGCUAGAAGAAUAUGGAGGGAAGUCGAAAGGAAUCAGUAUGGAUCCUUCUCUACCCUCAGUGAUUACACUAAUGCUAGUGAUUACACUAAUGCUAGUUAUUACACUAAUGCUAGUGAUUACACUGAUGGUAGUGUUUACACUGAUGGUAGUGUUUACACUGAUGGUAGUGUUCACACUGAUGGUAGUGAUUACACUGAUGGUAGUGAAUCCACAUACACGGAUAACGAAUCAUACGUAUUUACUCAGCCCAAUCCUAGAUAUUAUUAA